AUGGCGCUGCUCGAAGCUGUGGUGUUCCCGCCAGAUCACCCCCCGCGCGUCCCGUGCUGCAGGUCGUGCGGCACGAGCUGCGUCCUUAGCGGCUACGGCGUCGCCGCAGCCGGAGAGUUCGAGGGGAUCAUCGAGAGGGGCGUGGUGGUGCAGGAAGACGGAGUGCCGGCCGUGGUGACGCCGCCGCACGGCAGCGCCUGCUGCGCAUGGGCCGGCGGCGCGGCGACCAGCAGCUGGGCUGGCCCCGUGCCGUCGACGACGUUGGCGACGUCGUCCCCGCGGCGGCCGACGGUGUAUCAGCCCGCGGUCACCAGGAGGCCGCGGCGGCGGAGAGGGGCCAUCGCCAAGGCGGCGAGGAGGAGCGUGGUGGAGGCCGAGAGCCACCGGCAGAACCACAUCGCCGUGGAGCGCAACCGGCGGCGGCAGAUGAACGAGUACCUCGCCGCGCUGCGCGCCCUCAUGCCGCCCUCCUACGCGCGACGGGGUGACCAGGCGUCCAUCGUUGGAGGCGCCAUCGACUUCGUCAAGGAGCUGGAGCACCACCUGCAAUCACUGCAGGCUCAGAAACGCCACCACGCCGCCGCCAGCCACGGCUCCGAGGGUUUCCCCGGAUUCUUCACGUUCCCUCAGUACUCCACCGCCGCCGCCGCGGCCAACGACGUCGACGACGACAGCAGCGGCGGCGAGGGUCGCCCCACGACGCGGCCGGGCGCCGUGGCGGACGUCGAGGCGGCCGUAUCGGAGGGCCACGCGACCGUGAAGGUGCUGGCCCCGCGGCGGCGGCGCAUGCUGCUCCGGCUGCUGCUCGGGAUGCAGCGCCGCGGCCUCGCCGCGCUCCACCUCAACGCCAGCACCACGGCCGACCAGAUGGUCCUGUACUCCUGCACUCUAAAGAUGGGGGACGGGUGGCAGCUCUCGUCGGCCGCCGACGUCGCGGCCGCCGUGCACGACAUCGUCGCCGGCAUCGACACCACAGAAGAACGUCCUAUUUAUCCUACAAAUUAA